AUGGGACAGCUCCGACAGGUCGGGAAACAAGAAAGCCUCAUGAAAGGCGAUGACAUUGCAAUUGCCACGCAGCUGAUUUUCCUGUUGGCAGCAGUCCAGACUGUCCCCCUCCCUGCCAGUACUCUCGACCCACAAGUACACAGCAGUCACAAUUCUCGAACUCCUCCUGCCACUAGCUGGAUCUCAGGGAAUGAUCCUACAGUUACCAACGGCAGGCCAACAUCAGUGUACAUUGAGCAGCAUCGACAGACUGCUGUGUAUGAAGGAGGUCCUGUGUGGUCAAGUUCACCGGAUAUAGAAGAGCCCUUUUAUCCUACCACUGCAUCAAGUGAUCAUAUGUCCAAUAGGGAUCUUCCAACUGAAAACAUUCCAAUAACACAAAAAACCAUAUCAAGUCAAGAACUCGUUUCAGAAACAUAUCGGCUAAGUUCUGCAGAGAGACCUCAUCAAAAUUAUGGAAAACCCACUGAAUUCUCUUUGCAGAGCUACAGUCAACAAACAACAAAACUAGAACUCACUGUGCAAAAUUCCAUAAAGUUAGGGAAAGUAGAGAAGGAAAAUGUGUUACAAAGUACUGGUAACGAACAAUCAGUGAAUAGCGUCUCGUAUUUAAAUCGAGAAGUUCCGAUAUUAGAGGAGCCUCGCGCUCUCCCUCUUGAAUUAUCUCCUGUUGUGACAUCAGAAAAGGAAUUCUUUUCUAGCACAGCAUCAGAUCUUGAGAACUCUACACCAAAGAAGAUUGAUGAUAGUAUCUCACAAAAAGAUUCCAUAUUCGUAAAUGCAAAUCAUGAGCAUCAGAACUUCAUUAAAAAUUCAUCUUUUUCUCAGAAUUCAAGUAUUUCUAACCCAAACGGUGAUGCCCUCACACAGAAUAGGAAGCUAAGUCAAAGACUUGUUAUAAGAGACUUACGUAAUGCAUCCGAGCCUGUGUUGUUAUCAAUUUUAUCUAGUCAUGGAAGUAAUUCCACAGAUCUUGGAAAUUCAACAUUAGUACGUCAAAGUGUUAGAGGUAGUAAAGCUAUAGGAUCUUUCCCACACUCAUCUGCUGCUGGUUCCUCUGAAACAAAAAAGGAGCAUGUUGCUAACCCAGAUAAAGUUGAAGAAGAUAAAAGUGUGCAAAAUCCUAUUAAUGUAAAGGAAAACAGGACACUUUCAAAAGAAGGAGAAGUGAACAGUGAUGUGAAAAUUUUACAUGAAAAUAGCGAACCAAUUAAGGGAAAUCAUUCCAUCAUUAAUCACAAUACAUCUCUUUCAUCAAAACAAAACAAUUCCAAAAGCCAUUCUGUUGAAAAUGUAAAUGAACAACCAGCCAACCGAAGGGUUUAUAUAGAAAGUGGUAGCUCAAAAUUGGCCUCUGAUUCCAACAGAACAAAUCUUGGUAUAAGUGUAAAUUCUUCAAUAAAAGCUUCUCAGCCUGAUAAAGAGGGUUCACAAACAUCUACAGUUAACAGUUCAUUUCAAAAUGUAACUCCUAAUCCUAUGGUAAUGAGUACCAUUGGUGUAGGUCGCAAGGAGAGUUCAUCCCCUGAACCAUCAGUUCCUUUCGACAGCAGUUUGUCACAGAGGAUCACAACAUUGUCCGACACUGAAGAGGCAAUCAACUUAACCCCACUUCACACUCAUGAAUUUAUUGGAAGAUCUGCUUCUCACAGUCAUGAUGUAGAGACAACAGUGGAGCCCAGUGUGGCUCCUGUGAGUGGAAGUCGAGUGGCUGCCUCCCCACCAGACAUCCCGCAUCGAGGGCUAGAUGCAGCUUCGAUCACAGGAAUUGCUUUAGGCAUUGUUGUAUUUGCUGGUCUUACAGGAGCAGUGAGCUUCAUUCUAUAUCGGCGCAGAUACCUAAAUAAACCACAGACCCUGAACGACAAAUGCAGCAACCCUGAUUCCAGUGGUUACAUCGAUGACAGCACCUUAAGAGAAAAUUCAGAAGAAAUGUACAGUUUGGACAAUGAUUCCUUCCUGAACAGCCUGGAAGCAAUGACAAUUCAGAAUUACUGGACAGAUAAUGUAAAGCACACCAAACUAUAAUUUGUAGCAUAGAAAUACUUGUAAUAAGUCAUAGUUUGGUGGCCAUAUUGUUUUAAAGUGAAAAUGGGAAAGAUGCUUCUACAAAGGAGGAUGUACAAAUUAUUUUACAAUUAUAUUCAUAAUUAACUUUGAGAAUCCAUUUCAGUAUACAACUACCAAAGAUAUCAGUAGCUAACUGUGAUUUCAUGAUAAUCGGUUUUAUUCAUAUUGAGCCUAUAUUUAUCAAAGCAAUAUAACUUUAUCAGCAUUAUAGUGCAGAAGAUGUUUAAUAUUUCUUCACACUAAGAAGUAAUGGGCCAAUAAAUAUUCUUUAACGUGGUGUUUGUUUCUUUAUAUAUUUAUGUGGCUAAGUAUUGUAGUAUGUACUCUAGUAAGAUGUAAUAUUUUAUUACUCAGAGUAAAUUAUAUUGUGUGAAUAUGUACAUAGUACACAAAAUUUAUGGUACAUAUUUGAAAUCAGUCUUCUAUGUGCAAUAAUUAAUCUUUUCCAAUACAUAGUCAUUUCAAACAUUGUAUAAUUUGCAAAAUAUUCCAAAAGUGAAAUGCUGUUUGUGGGAUAGUGAUUUAUAUCAACAAAUGGUAAAUAUUUCCACAGACAUUUAAAUUUCAAAGUAUUUAAGUUUCCUUAAUAAUAAAUGAGUUUAUUUUAUCACAAUGUUAUAUCUGUGUGAUUUAUUGAAAAUAAAAGUUUUAUUAUACUCUUCCUAUUUAAUGGUGAACAAUGUAUUCCUACAUUGAGAAUGCUCCUUCAGUUAGCAUUUCUAAUCUGUUAUUGUUGUUUUUUAAUUGCCAUGUGCAGGAUUAUAAUUAUUUUACUGUUAUUGUAGAGAAAGAACAUGCAUUUUACUACAUCAAAAUAGAUUUGCUGCACAUUGAAAUAGAUUUUUUCAUUUUGUGUAUUUGGCCCCAACCCAAACUUAAUAAGUGGAAAAUUAACAUUCCUAAGCAUUCCACUUCCUUAUCAAUAAAAGAGAAAACAAGUUGAAUUUCCUAACAAAAUUCCUCCCAAAAUUUAUAAAUGUUGCCCUCUAAAUGUUAAAUAAAGAAAUGACUACCAAACAUGAAAUGUUUGUAAACAUUGCAUCUUCUAAUACAUAAACAUAAAAUGAUAACAUAUUUAAACCAUCUACUGGACAAAGUGAAAAGUUGAAUGUAUAGCUUAGAUACCUGCUUCCAAUUUAGUGCCAUUAGUAAAAAACUCUUUAUCACUGCUCUGUAUUAUUUCCAUGAAUAUAACAUGAAAUUGUCUUCCCAUAAUAAUUCAGAAAAUAUCUUCUAAACAUUCUUUCUUGACAACAAACUGAGACUUCUUGUAAUAUCAUCAGAAGAAGCUUUGCUCCAACAAUUAAAGAAAAAUGUAAUAAACUAUUAGUACCUUAAUUAAUAUGUUUAAAAACUUACUUCAACUUUUAACUUUGCCCACUAAAUGACAAAUUAACUAAUAAGUCCACAACAUAAAUUUAAAACAAUACAGAAGAGUAAGUAUUAUCUUUCUUGUUCAGCAGGAGACAUGUUGGAGGCAGAAUCGUCCCUGAGUUCUCUGCUGCCUUGUGAUCAUAAAUCUGGCCAGUUGGGCUGUUAUGGUAUGUUUGAGGUUUGAUGGAACCAUGUUUGUUCAGAGAUGCAGCUCAGCAAAUAGUGGUGCGUACUACCUCUAUGUCUGAGCACAGGAUGGCAUUUGUCAGCGCUUCAAAUGUCAGGCAUGUGAAUGUUUCAUGUCCAACAUAAUACUAUGAUUAGGCAAAUGAUAAUUAAAGGUUGUGUGUUAUCCAGGACAUUCAUAAUAAAAUGAAAUGAAUAGUCUAGUUAUUCCGUUCAAAUACUAUUUUUUAAGGAAAUAUUUUGCAUUGCUUAUGGAACGCCACAGACAAUACAGAAACAGCCUAAUUAGCCAGAAUAAGGAAAUGAACUAACUAAAUGCAUAAAAUUUCUUAUUUAAUUAUUUGUUUUUCUUUUCUUCUACCUUCUGUACAUGCUUGAUCACUUUCAGAAAAAUUGUGCCAGUAAUAAGUAAUGGGAUAAUAAUGUAUUUUGAACACAUUUGAGUGAGAUGAGGACAUUUUCCUCUGUAACGUAAUAUAAUUUGACUUCAUGAUACAGUACUCUAGUAUAUGACUACUAUUUCUAAUGAAUCCACAUAUUUCCGUAUGAGGAAAGUAAACUUUAUUAAUGAAUAUAUCAAUAUAUUUUUGUUAAACUAGUGUUUCUGUACUAAAAUUCAGUGAUAUUCAAUAUAGAUAAAUGUACUGUUUUGUCAUUAAUAUCAGAAUUCCAAAAUAAAUAUUUCACAAUGUCUUCUGUUUACACAUUAUUUUAUAGUGCAAAAUUGAAAUUAACCUUACUUUUGUGGAAUGCACAUGUGUUUUAUUGUAUUAGUGUGAAUGGCACACUUAUAAAACUGUUGAAAGUGUGAUUGGCCCAGAAAGUAGUUACAAGAAAUUUAAUUCAUGUUAGGCUGCCACAUACUUGGAUUGCAAUGUUUAGUAGAUGUUUCUUGUUUCACCGUCAAUAAAACAGUAUUCUUAUUAAGUACUCUUCAGGUACAUUCUUGUUGUCACCUGUAUGCUGCCAGCAUUACUGUGAUCCACAAACAUUUCUGGCUGAUUUGUUCUAAGAAAUAAUUUAACACAUUUGUAGAUGAUUUUAUAAUAUAUGUUGUGUAAUAAAGAAAUGUUAUUUAAUGAACUUUUUUCUAAAAUUUUUAAUACAAUUGAAAAAUACAUGCAAGAGAAGAAAAAUGUUUUAUGUUCAAAAAAUUUAUUUUUCAUACCCAUGCCCUUCGAAAUGUUUGCCAUUAUAAGGAAAUUAUUACAGGUAUUACAUUUUUUAUCAAAAACAUAAUUUUUUUGUCUUUUUUCCCCUUAAUCUCUUUCAAUAAGGAUAGGUAGCCUUCCACUUUUGGAAGUGGGUAAAGGUGCAGCUGUUUAAGGAUGGUGUUUGGCAUUAUUGUCUAUUAGAACACAAAAAUUCUCUUUUAUAUGAAACAAUGAAUUUAAGCUGCAAAUGAUUGUUUUCACUCUCAAGUCACUCAUAGUCUCUUUUAUACACAGGUAGCAAUCAUCCAACGAUCUUCUCUCCAUAUUGGUAGACAAAUAUCUUAUCACAUUUACAUAAUGGAAUUUGUGGAGAGUUUUCCAGAUCCAUCAAUAUAAAUUGCCUCCAUUGUAAUAUUGUGGUCUUCGAUUGGUGAAUCUCUUCCAACUAUCUUGAACAAGAGAAUUACUAUAUUUACCACUGAUACUAUAAAUCUGAGACUGAAAAAGAAUAAUUGUAUGAAUUCAAGGUUUUAAAGGAUGAACUUAAAUAUCCCACAGAGAAAUUAAUACAAAAUUUCAUUCUUCAGAACAGUAUCCCAGAAGUUUGAAUUUUAUACAAUUAUAAUAGAAUAAGGAAUGGCAAUUGUAUUUAACUUAAUAAUUAAUAGAAAAUUUCCAAAGAAUGGCUUAGAGUUCCCCCCUGCUAAGGUCAUUGAAAGAAAAACAGACUAUUAUUUCAUGAAAACAGAGCAAAAUCAUUACAACAAACAAAAAAAACAUUAUAAUAUAAAUAUAAGAAAGUAAAAGACUGUUGGUGGAAAUAAUAAAGGUUGCUUACGUGAUUUGCUAAUAAUAUUUCUACUUACUCUUUGUGAAAUCUGUGGGUCAUUUUGCCUUACAAAAAAGAAACCUGUUUCCAAUUAAGGAUAAAGGACAUCUCAUGUUAUUAAUUGUUGAAAAAUGGCUGUAAAUAAUUCCUUCCAUCUAGGCAUAUGUAAUAACUAGUAUUUCCUCUAUCAAUGUUCCUGCUACUAUACAGUAUGUUCUGUCAAGAUUUUUAAUCCAGUUAGAAUUAAGAAGUUUUAGCUACAUAUAAAAUUUAGAUAAUAUUAGUAUUUAAUUUAAUGCAUAAUUAUUGAAAUUUAAAGAGGGUAAGAAUGCUAACAUGCUUCCUUAAAAGUAUAGUUUGGUACAUUGAAUUCUAUGAAUUAAAUAUGUUUUAAAUCACAGUUCAUUGCAGUUUUAAUUUUUGGAAUGAAUAAAUUAUAAAAGUACUGCAUAUGCAACAGAAUAUAUAAAUAUAAAAAUGACAUUAAUUAAAAUAAUAUAUUUUUUGUAAAUAUAAUUUCAUCAUGCAAAUCCUUUAUCACUACUGUUUUU